UGCUAUCCUUUAAUUUGUUCCAGUCGUUCGAACUUUUCUUUUUUUGUCGAAUUCGUUCUGUCUCCUGCCGAACGAACAAGAACAAUUACAACGAACAAAUUACGAGACGAAAUUUAUUCAUCGAAAGAAAUACUUUGCUUGGAAAAUUUUAAGAUCAUGUAGAUGGAGGAAAUUAGCAGCGCGAUGAUAUCGUGAACAUGCUGUGAUUGGUAUUUCGCGUAGUGGAUAACAGAGAUUAGAUAACUCCCACUUUCCUCUCAUAAAUACCGACUACACUAUAUAAAAAUUACAAAGAACGAUACCAUCUAAUGAAUUUAUUUUGCGUAAACCGGUUCGUCUGUUCUUGUUUUCAAUGUUAUUACGUCUUUUCCCAAAUAAACAAGUAUGCAUGUAUAUACAAUAUAUUUACAUAUACAAAACCUAUCAUCUAUGUAUAUCUCCUAUAUACCGUGCAUAUCAACUUGAUUAAUGCAAAAUAUUGAUACAGUUCUGUUUUCAACAAUUUACAUACCUAAUGAUUCGAUAAACAGUAAAACCAAUUAUCGCGCAUAAAAGGAUAUGUAGUACACACGUACUAUACAUAUGUAUAGGAGUGCAGCUACAGCUAUUAAAAAGGACAGGAUAGGAUAUUGCGACUUUCAUUUUCAAUUGAGUUGUCUGCUACAUCACGUCAAUAUGCAGUUCUUUGAUUACAUAGCGAUAAUAAGUUUUUGUUUACUUGGGUCGUUCAUGGAUUCGAGCUGUGAAAAGUUAAUAACUGUUACGGAAUGGGGAUCUAUCGACGGAGUAACGAUAAAAAAGUACACGUUAAAGAACGAUGCAGGUCAAGAAGUGGAUGUCGUAACAUACGGUGCAACAAUAACGUCCAUCCGAACACCUGACAAACAGGGUAGAAUAACAGAUAUCGUUCUAGGCUUCGAUAAUGUUGAAGAGUAUUCGUCUUCGACUAAUCCGUACUUCGGUGCAACGGUCGGACGAGUCGCAAAUCGUAUUGGCAAAGCAGCGUUUACUUUGAACGGAAAAAAAUAUAGUUUAGCGAAAAACGCAGGAGAGAACACUCUGCACGGUGGCUUCAAUGGUUGGAGCUCGAAAAUAUGGAACUCCACGAUUGAAAACAAUUCCCUUGUAUUGUCGUUAAUAAGCGAAGACGGCGACGAAGGUUUUCCCGGUGUCGCUGCGGCUUCGGUCAGUUUUAAGUUAACUGCCGACGGAGAAUUGCGUAUCGACAUGAAAGUCGUCGUUACCAAACCUACUCCGAUCAACUUGACUAAUCACAGUUAUUUUAAUCUAGCUGGUCAUGAAAGCAACGCAACCGAACUGUACAAACAUAAAAUUACGUUGAAUGCGGAUCGUUGGACGGUUACCGAUACGGAGAGCAUUCCUACCGGUGAAAUUCGCUCGGUCGAGAAUACCGUAAUGGAUUUGAGAAAUUUGACUACACUAGGAGAUGUCAUAGAUAAAGUACCAGGCGGUGGUUACGAUUAUAAUUUCUGUCUACCGACGGAGACUGCGAAUGAGAAACAAUUUGUUGCUAGAGUCGUGCACCCCACCUCUGGAAGGUAUUUGGAGGUUUAUUCCAAUCAACCUGGAGUACAAUUUUAUACGGCAAAUUUUCUACCUGAAAGAGACGGUAUCGGUAUUCAAGGAAAAAAUGGAACAAAGUAUUUUAAGCAUGGAGCAUUGUGUUUAGAAACACAAAAUUAUCCAGAUGCGGUCAAUCAUGAGAAUUUUCCUAAUAGUAUAGUUGAACCUGGGCAAACGUAUCACCAUAUUGUUAUUUACAAACUUGGUAUACUACACUGAAUGAAGCAUGUGUAUUCUUGGAAAUUAUCUUUCCAUCAGCAUAUAGGCAAAAUGUAUAAUAAUUGAUGUAAUCUAUUUUAACCUACAGUCUAUUAUAAAAUUACAUUUUUGAUUCUA